ACAGGAAUGCCAGGGUGCAUUUUGAGUAGCCUACAGCGGAGAUAUCCGCCGUCUUAUGGUCCGAUAUUAAAAUAUGUUGCGUAUAUAUAAUAUAUAUGCAUUGCUACAUGCAUGUGUAUUAUUACAAUUUUCUACGAAAGUAAUUUACAAAUUCGGUUUGGGACUGCAGUUUUACAGAGUGUCAGCGUGUGUGUGACAAGACUGGCAAGGGAUAUUGCAGUGGCUUUGCCUGAUCGCAUAGGCAAUGGAUUUCUACGGUUGCAGCGCCUACAAUACAUUCUGAGGCAAGUUACUGCACUGUCAGAUGACAGUGUUAUUUUACAGAUGUGUAAUGAUGCAGUGGUAGCUCUAAACCAAGCCGAGCAGCUCCUCAUCAACCAAGAAGCUCAUCAUGCCACUCAAACUCCCCUGGUGCCAUGCCAUCAUAGUCAAAGGGCUGGACGGCCUGGCUUCGUAAUACAUAGGGAACAGUUGGAGUUUUUACUGGAUUACAACUUUAAAGUCACGGACAUUUCAAGAAUGCUAGGAGUAAGUCUGUCAACCAUCAAUAGAAGGCUGCAAGAGUUCAACCUUGCUGCCAGACAAAAAUAUGCACUUCUCACUGAUGCUGAACUUCAGGCUCUUGUAACAGAUGCUGUUCGUCAGUUUCCAAACAGUGGAUACAGAAUGAUACAGUCACAUCUGUCUUCACAGGGCAUUAAAGUUCAGGAAUAUCGUAUUCGAUCAGCAAUUAGAUGUGUAGAUCCUGAGGGGGUACUUCAGCGUGCGCUUCAAAUUUCGUUCAUUCAGCGUAGGUGCUACAGUGUUCCAGGUCCCAACUGCCUGUGGCACAUUGAUGGCAAUCAUAAGCUAAUCAGGUGGCGCAUAGUUAUUCACGGUGGUAUAGAUGGAUACUCCCGUAAGUUAAUGUUUCUAAAGGCCAGCAACAACAACCGAGCAUUAACAGUGCUGCAAGGUUUCGAGGAAGCUGUUUUACAGUUUGGUGUUCCUUCCCGCAUUAGAACUGAUAAGGGAGGAGAGAAUCGGCUUAUUGCAGAAUAUAUGCUGCGGCAUAGGGGAACUGGUCGAGGGAGUCAUAUAGCAGGCAGAAGUGUUCACAAUCAAAGAAUUGAACGGCUAUGGAGAGACUUGUUUGUUGGUGCUACAAGUUUUUACUGGAACCUGUUUCACAGGAUGGAAUCAUCUGGUAUUCUUGAUCCGUUAAAUGACAUUCAUCUUUGGGCACUUCAUUAUGUCUUCACUCCUAGAAUUCAGAAUCAUUUGACACUGUUCAAGGAAGCUUGGGAUAAUCAUCCUUUAAGGACUGCUAAAAACCACACCCCAAAUCAGCUGUGGAUUCAAGGACGAUUAAUCCAAUGCAAUGCUGAAGUUCUAACAGAGGAGACUGCUCAAAUGUAUGGUGUGGACUGGAGUGCCCCGGCAGUGCAUGAUACAUGUAUGUCAGCUGUUGAAGUGCCGGAGACUCCUGCAUUUACUGAACUGUCCACAGCUGUGCUACACAGGGUGAAUCCUUUGGCGGAGUCAUGCAAUUUUGGCAGAGAUUUAUAUGAAAAUGUACUUCUUUUAGCUCAGCAGUGUUCUUGAAAACUCACCAGUCUACGAGUUGACAAACCAUGCACGAGUUGACACAAACUAAUAACUGCUGUCAUAUUUUUUAUGAAAAUAUUUUUGAAUAUGUUUACAGACUUUAUGAUAAUGCUGUUAGAACAUGUUGAAAUGAAAAUAAACACUGAUAUUGAACAUGUUAAUUACACA